UCUCGUAUUCGCUGUCGUCAGCACACGCGCACGCAAGCGAGCAAACAGAUUCUCGAGAUUCGUGAGUUUCGUUUCGACGCUGUUUUUCGCCACACACUCUCACACACACACACACACACAGUCGCACACUCACCUCGGAUUUUUUAUUGUCAUCGUCGUCGGUUAUUCGCUUCGUUUUGGGGGCGCUCGUCGUUAUCGCUGGGAACAGGUUUCGCCGCUGUCCGCAAACUCGACGACCAAACAGAAAGCUGCUCAAUUCCGCGUUGUGUGGAGCUAUUUUCGGCGCGCUGAUUUUGCUGCCCAAAUAGUAGCAAAAAAAAUAAACACAAUAUACAAAAAAUCUACAAAAACAAAUUACAAAUCUGCCCAACAAUUUUAACAAAAAAACACUCACAUCAAUUUCUCCAAAAAGCAUUUUUCGUGACGCGUUUUAAUCAACCAAUUUUCAAGUGUUUUUGCGUUCAACAACCACAAAAAAAAUUUAAAAAAAAAAAGCUUAAGCAAAUAGCAAAAGCUGUUCCCCAAAAAUAAUAUAUAUUCACAUAUUUGUAUGUGUGCGUGUGUCAACUGCCUGAAAUUCGCAAUUAUGAAAUGCUAAGAAACGAACAAAAUUAAUUAGCAAACUCCCAAAUUGAAAAUCCAACAAGUGCAACAUGGUUUCCAUAAAAAUGUUCAAAAAAGUGCAGAGCCAAUAAAAGAUCUGCUACGAAAAGUUGUAAGAAAAAAUUAACCGUGUACAGACGAGAGUAACAGUAAAUCGCAAAAGUAUCUGAUAGAUACAAUUCGGAUUUAACGCAACCCUUCCACAAGUGAUCUGAAGUCGCAUCUAGCAAGAGUAUCUGCAAUUGGAUAUAUCUAUAUAUAUGUAUAUAGCAUCUACAGGUGCUUUAGCACAGCGAAGGAAGCAUCUCAAGAUAGAAAACAAUCUGAAGCUGUUGUCUAUCAGCUGAAAAGUAUCUGCAAGUCAAAAGGAGUAAAAAACAGCUACAAAGAGUAUCUGCAGCAGUUAUUCCAGAUACAACAAGUAUCUAAUGCUGUAGUUGAACUGAAUAAUACAAAUAUCUAUGUUUAUCUAUGUUUUCAACAACAACCUAAACUUCUAACUGCAACAAACAAAGGCAAAAUAAUAAAAAAAAAAAGUAUCUCCAAGGAAAGUAUCUAUAGAAUUUGAUGUAUUGCAAUUGCUGAGCUUCGAAUUUUGAGUACUGUUGCGAGCGAGAAACUAGCCCAAAAAUGUUGACCAUGGAGGCGGACAUGAAGUGCGGCAUUCUGCCGGGCCAAAUGGCGCCGUUGCACGCCGGCCACGCCCAUGCUGCCGCCGCCGCAGCCAGCUCGUAUUCGGCGCUGGCGCCACUCAUGAAUCUGGGCCCGUCGCACUUGACGCACUCGCAUCUCAGCCAGCACAAUCAUCACAAUCACCAUCAUCAUCAUCAUCACAUGAGCGCACACAUCGCCGCCAGCCACAGUCCCAAUCCGCUCAGCUCCCUCCAAUCGAGCAUUGCCAACACGCUCAGCGGCAACGUGCAACAGCAGCAGCAACAGCAGCAGCAGCAGCAGCAACAAAGUUCACCGUUGCACAGCUCAAGCGAGCUGAGUCCGACGCAGAGCAGCAUUGGCAGCCAUCACAUGACCUCACCAGUUAGCCAACACCAGCAGCAGCAGCAGCAGCAGCAGCAUACCCAGCAGCAGCAGCAACAUCCCACGCUGAUUGGUGCCGGUAGUGCUUUGAGCAACAUGACUAACAACAACAACAACAACAACAAUAACAAUAACAACAACAAUGCGACAGCAAAUAAAAAUCAACAGCACGCGGAUCGGGUGAAGAGGCCAAUGAAUGCAUUUAUGGUGUGGUCGCGGGGCCAGCGUCGCAAGAUGGCCUCCGACAAUCCGAAGAUGCACAAUUCGGAGAUCUCGAAGCGGCUGGGUGCCCAGUGGAAGGACUUGUCCGAGGCGGAGAAGCGACCCUUCAUCGACGAGGCGAAACGGCUGCGGGCGGUGCACAUGAAGGAGCAUCCGGAUUACAAAUAUCGGCCGCGUCGCAAAACCAAAACGCUGACCAAGACCAAGGAGAAGUAUCCGAUGGGCGGCAUGAUGCCUGGCCAGCAAUCACUGCCCGAACCGGGCACGCCCACACGUGGCAUGCCCCAGAGUCAGGCAUUGAACGGUUCAUCCAAUGCUGCCUCUGCAGCAGCAGCAGCUGCUGCCGCCGCCGCCGCCGCUGCAGCCGCGUCGGUGCAACGUCCGAAUCUGCAUCAGAUGAGUGUGCCAAAUGGGUACAUGCCCAACGGCUACAUGCAUCCCGAUCCCGCUGGCUACCAGACGCACUACAUGAACUAUGCGCCCCGCUACGAGAUGAGCCACAUGUACAACGGAUACGGGAUGUACGACACCGUUGCCGGCGGACAGACCUCGCCCUAUGGCAGCAGCAGUCUCCAGCAGCCCGGCUCGCCCUACGGACUCCAGCAGCAGCAACAGCAGCAGCAGCAACAGCAACAGCAGCAGCAGCAGCAACCUGGUAGUUCUGCCUCGCCGGCGCCGUACGGUGCUCAGGUGUCCUGUCAGAGUCACAGUCCCAGUGAUUCGAGCAUCAAGUCCGAACCCGUCUCGCCCAGUCCCAGCAUCAUUGCCCUUAACAACAACAACAAUAACAGCAGCAGCAGCAACAACAACAACAACAAUCACAUUAUGAAGCGCGAAUAUGUUGCAGCGGGCGCCGGCGCCGAGCUGAACAAUCUGAUGAACAUGUAUCAUCUGCACGAUGGCCUCAGUGGUGGGGUGGGGGUGGGGGUGGGUGUGGGUGUGGGUGGUGCAACGGAACAGCAGCGCCAUUUGAUGCACUAUCAGACGGCUUCACCGGACUUGCAGCAACAGCAACAUGUCAUGCAACAGCAGCAGCAGCAUCCACACCAGCAACAUGCGCACCAACAGCAGCAGCAACAGCAGCAGCAGCAUCCACACCAACAACAUCCGCACCAACAGCAGCAGCAGCAACAGUUGCACCAGCAAUCGCUGCGAGCAAUGGCGCCCCUGGCACACAUGUGAGAAAUGGCCAGCGCCUAUGGAGCCGCCGUCUCGCCGCCACCGCCGCCGCCGGCAACAGCAGCUGUCAAUGGCAACUAUAAUAUGCCAGGAACAGCAGCAGCAGCCGCAGCAGCAGCAGCAGCAGCUGCACAGCAGCAGCAGCAACAGUUGCUGAAUGGCCGGCCAAGUCCAACAGCUUCUGGCUCGUCGGGCGGUCGCUCCUCGGCGCAUUCAAGUGGUCAUAAUACGGUCAACGCGCAUUCACCCGCCUUGGCUGCCGCCUAUCAGCUGUCAACCGCUGCAGCGUCAACAACGACAACAUCAGCAGCAGCAGCAGCAGCGGCAGCGGCAGCAGCAGCAACAGUUUCCUCCUCUACGUCCGCGGCAGCGUUGAGCAUGCUGGACAUGCAGCAACAGCUGGAGGAGCAGCAGCAACAUUAUCUGCAGCAGCAACAGCAACAUCAACAGCACCAGCAGCAGCAGCAUCAUCAGCACCAGCAGCAGCAUUUGCAAAAUCAGCAACACUUGCAGCAGCAACAUCAGCAGCAGCAGCAACAAUUGUAUCAUUAUCAUGCCACGCAUUCGCAGCAGUUGCACGAGGCAAGCGCUGCCAUGUUGGAUAUAUCCACAUUGUAAAUUAUUGCAUAUAAACUCUACACUACACAAUCGAACACACACAACACACACACACACACACACACACACA